GAGGCCCACACGCUUUCUUCUUCCUGCUCUGAAAGAGCUCCGCCCAGCCUCCGGAAAUUACGUCAGAGUCAUCCCUAACACCCUCCUCCCUCCCUCCCCUUCUCUUGUUAGCAUUAGUCCUGCCUCUCUAGGAAGAAGCAGAGCUCGCUUGUCCUUGGAGGACCCGGGGGACGAAAAGGGCGCCCUUCCUUCUUCCUGCAAAGCCUUGAAAGACAAGGAUCCCAGGGAAGAAAAACCCCGUUUAGGAACUGGAAAAAAGGUACCAGGGGUAGUUUUCCAGGUGGUAAGCUCCAGGCGAAUGUUUAGACUGCUGCAGUAGAUUCUAGCAUUUCCCACGAUUUCAGGCUAGUAUUGUCCGAGGAUGAAAAUGGAGACCCGAGAAGACCUUACAAGUCAUAAAUCAAAGCAGGUGUCAUGGGAAGUGAGAGGGAGCUGCCAUGUUGGGACAACGGAGGCAUUCCUGCCAAGGAGACCAAUGGAGGUGAAACAGGAGCCCGACAAAGACCCGCUUCAGCAGUGGGAAACCCAAUGGCAGGAGUUCCUGAAGAGCCUGGAAGGCCCUCACCCAAACUGGCGCACCUCUCAGUCGAGGGAGGAGCCGUGGGACGACGCCAAAGCCUUCCUGGCCUCCUUUGAGCAAGUGGCCCAAGCCUGCCGGUGGCCCAAGGAAGAGUGGGUGCCCCAGCUCCUGCCAGCAUUGAGCGGAGAGGCCAAGCGGGCCUUCACUAGCCUGGAGGCCAAAGGCAGGGAGGAUUAUGGGAAAGUGAAGGCUGCCAUCUUGCACAGGGAUGCCAUGUGGCAAGAGGAACAGCGGCAGUGUUUCCGGCGUUUCCGCUACCGAGAGGCCGAGGGGCCGAGAGCCGCUUAUGGCCAGCUCCAGGAACUGUGUUGCCGGUGGCUGAAAGCUGAAAGGCAUUCGAAGGAGCAGAUCUUGGAGCUGCUGAUCUUGGAGCAGUUCUUGGCCGUCCUGCCUCCAGAGAUAGAGGCCUGGGUCAAGGAAUGUGGUCCAGAGACUUGCUCCCAGGCAGUGGCCUUGGCGGAGGACUUCCUCCUGAAGCAGCGACAGCGAGAGUCCAGGUGUCAGGCAAGCCAGGUGCCGUUAGAGGAAGAGGAGACGGUGGGUUCCCCUGAAGGUGGCCAAGCCCUGCCUGAGACGGAGCAGAAGGAGUUUAGUGUGGAGACCAAACAGGAAGAUGACGAUGGGGAUACUGGACCCUUGGGCGAUGAAAGGAAAAGUGAGAAUGAGAGGCAACCAGGUGAAGAUUCCCCAGGAAGAACAGAGAGUGAAGCAUUAAAGGAGAAUUUUUGUAGCCAAGAUGGGGCUGUGAGCCAAGGCGGAAGCCACACGAAAGAGCCGGAAGCCAAAUCCUUCCCCUUUCAGGUGGGAGACUCCCACAAAAUCUCAAUGCAGCAGGAAAGCGAGGAGGAAAAAAAGGGGACCGCUUUCUCCAGUGUUCUUAGUAGACGUCGCCCUGAGAAUGAAUCAGAUUUAAUGUUUGCAAAGACAUUAAAUCAGAGUGGAAAGCUGAAUGAAUGUGAAACUCUUUAUGAAGGGACAAGUUCCAACAUAUACCUGAAUCAAAGUAUUCCUGCAGAUAGGAGACAGUGUAUGAAUUCGGAUCUUGGUAAGAUGAACCAUCCAAGGAUCCCAAAAGGGAAGAAGCUGUUUAAAUGUUUGGAGUGUGGGAAAUGCUUUGGUCGGAGUACACACCUUACUUCACAUAAGAUAAUCCACACCGGGGAGAAGCCAUAUCAGUGCUUGGAGUGUGGGAAAUGCUUUGGUCGGAGGGCCCAUCUCAAGAAACACCAGAAGAUUCACACCGGGGAGAAGCCCUAUAAAUGUAUAGAGUGUGGAAAGAGUUUCAGUGACCAGUCCACCUUUGUCAGACAUAAGAGAAUCCACACUGGGGAGAAGCCGUAUCAGUGCUUGGAGUGUGGGAAAUGCUUUGGUCAGAAGGCCAACCUCUGGUCACACCAGAAGAUUCACACUGGGGAGAAGCCGUAUCAGUGUUUGGAGUGUCGGAAAUGCUUUGGUUGGAGUCGCUCUCUGAAGUCACACCAGAAAAUUCACACUGGGGAGAAGCUUUAUAAAUGUACCGAGUGCAGAAAGAGUUUCAGUGACCGGUCCACCUUUGUCAGACAUAAGAGAAUCCACACCAGAGGGAAACCAUACUUCUAAUUAGAUUGCAGAAAGAGUUACAGCCUGAGAAUCCAUGGCAAGAGAAGAUGCCGCACGAAAAUCAGCAUUUGCUGAAUGUCAGCAUGGCUGUGUUAGUCUUUUCACCGAAUGCAAUGAACAGUCUUGUGGCAUCUUAAAAAGGAAUACCCUAUUCCAGGCACCCUCAGGUUUGAAGAAAUAAUGAACAAAUUCCUGUAUACACGGCACAUAUCUUAAUUGAAUAAAAGAAAAUAAAUUUCUUGUCACUGUA